CCACCCGUCCAUCCAUCCACCCGCACCAAACCUCUCCUAACCCAUCGUGCCCUCCUCUUCCUCUGUCUGCGUGAACCCUAGCCGCCGCCUCCAUCUCUCUCCCGAUCUAGAUCGACAGGUCCUGCCGCCGCCCCUCGGCCCCUUCAUUCCCUAUGCACGCGGUCACCCACCCUCUCCCAUCCACUUCUCUCCCACCCGAGACGGAUCGCCCAACAUGUCCAUCUCUCCUCUCCUACAACCCCUCGCUCUCUCCACGCACUUCACCGCGACAUCAAGCACUCCAGAUCCAUCCGAAUGCCGAACAUGGAGGAGUCUGCGCAGCCCAUGCCCGCCGACCCCUCCGACCCGGAGCUCCCCAAUGGCGUCGAGGAUCCGAACAAGCCAGAGCCAGUGGAAGAGGAGGAGGUGGCUGUUGAAGAGGUCCGACGAGACCGGACCCGCCCAAGGGCGAGGGGACGAACGUGGAGGGCUGGCGCCACUAAAUCAUGGAGGAGCCGCUCGGGAAGGCCGCCGAGGCCACCGCCGGGAGAUCCAACUUUGCCGGGAAUGGGGCAUGGGGCCUGGCUGGACCACGUGGAGCCCAUGUGGCCGGCCAACAAGCCGCAGCCAUGGGAACCGCCGCUCACCGACGCGGGCGUCCUCUGACCCUGGACCGUCGACAUGCGCAUCCGGGCACAGGCCGCUCCUGAUGGCUACGCGCUCCACCCCAUCCUCGUCUCCACCUUCCACCGCUGCCUCCAGACCGAUGCCCAGGACGCCACCACGCUCUACGCUGUCCCUGAUGAUGCAGCGCUCUGCGCCGUCCUCGACUCCAGCGUCAAUAUGCCCCUCGACACCUCCCGCGACAAGGGUUAUAAAGAGGGACAAUCUCAUUUUCUGAAGGAAGGGGCUGACCAUGGAGAAGAUCUUGUGGGCAUAAUAUCGUCCAUGGCAGCCUAGGAAGAUCUUGCUCCGCCCCUUCUAUUCUCUUCUUCUUCUCCAUCUCUCCAUCUGAUAUACGUAGUUCUAUGCAGGUUGCUCCGAUCUAGUUGUGUGAAGGGGAACAAGCAAGGCCAAUGUAAUGUUGCUGAUGUGCUCCCCUUGAACGAUUCGGUGAAGGACAAGUUGGUCCAUAGGUCCUCCUCCCCUACUAUCUCUCUCUGCUGCAUGGGUAUUCUAUUUGUGCUCCAUCCCAAAAUCUAUUGUGCACUACCAAGUACAUGAGGCGAAGCACUCACUCCUCGACCAUUUCUUUACUGAACUGGGAGCAACAGAGGCAAGAUAUUUGAAACAGGCUGAAGUACUUUUGAUUCUUGAUUUGUAGCAUACACAUGCAGCCUGAUUGGUGAUGUUAAUGUAGAUAUGACGAAGAAGCUCAAAUGUAAAGUCUGAAGACGUGAAGUGUGAAGCCGCAAAGUCCUACUUAGUGAAGAGUAGCAUAUUGUAGCAUAUAUGGGUUGUAAAGAUUAUAAUAGAAUUAUUUAGUGGUAUAUUUGAUGAAUUUUACGUGUUCUUUGUUUUAUUUCAAAAAUUGAUUAUGUGAAAA